AUGACCAAUCUCACAAGAAAACAACAAUACAACAAAAUGUCAAACACUCCUAUAGUAUAUUACAACCCGGAUUGUACAUUUUGUAAAUUAAUCAAUGGUGAUAUUCCAUCGUACAAGUUAAUUGAAACCCAGUACUCAUAUUCGUUUCUAGAUAUCCAUCCAAUUGCGGAAGCCCACAUUGUCAUUGUUCCGAAAUACCAUGGCAAGUAUCUUCAUAAUAUUUCUGACCAAUAUUUAGUUGAUAUUCUGCCAAUUGCGAAAAGGUUCGCCAAAACUCUAAGGUUACAAGAAGAUGAGAACGGUAUGGGAUAUAAUUUGUUACAGAAUAACGGAAGAAUAUCAGGACAAGUUGUUGAUCAUGUCCAUUUCCAUUUUAUUCCUAAGAGAGACCGUGAAACGGGGUUAAGGAUCGGAUGGCCAGCCAAGACGGCCGAUAAGGAUACGUUGAAAGAAUUACAAAAACAUAUCAUGGAUUCACUUGAAGGGAACGCCUAA